GCUGGUUUCUAGCAUUUUCCUAGGCGGCAAAUGUAAGCCACCACUCCUCCCAACCAAACAACCUUACACCACCGCGCAAAAGCUGGCGGUCAGAAAUGGCGAGUACACUUCAACUUCCGGUGAUCGACCUUUCUUCUCCGGACCGAAUCGGCACUGCUCAAUCCAUUCGCCAGGCAUGUAUGGAGUUCGGUUUCUUCUAUCUGAUAAACCACGGAGUCGAGCAAAGCCUGGUCGGCGAAGUGUUCGAGCGAAGCAGAGAGUUUUUCUCUCUGUCCGAAGCGGAGAAGAUGAAGCUUCUUCACAAGCGUCACCGAGGGUACUCUCCUCUCUAUGACGAGAAGCUCGAUCCUUCUGUAAUUUCUAAAGGCGAUUCAAAAGAAAGCUUCUACAUUGGUCCUCUAGAACUCAGUGACUUGAACCAAUGGCCAUCUGAAGAGAAUUUACCAUCGUGGAAAGCAACAAUGGAAACUUACUAUAAAAGAGUCAUGAAUGCUGGAAAGAAACUGGCUCCAAUGAUUGCUUUGGCACUGAACUUGGAUGAAGACUUCUUUGAUAAAGCUGGUGCACUUAACCCUGCAGAAGGCUUCCUCCGUCUGCUACACUAUCCAGCUGUGCAUGUAGGUCCAUUGGGAACUUCAGAUCGAUUAGUAUAUGGUGCUUCGGCUCAUUCAGACUAUGGAAUGCUUACUCUUCUAAUGACAGAUGGAGUUCCAGGGUUGCAGGUUUGCAGGGAGAAACUUAGACAGCCACAGAUAUGGGAAGAUGUGCCUUAUCUGAGUGGGGCUUUCAUUGUCAACAUAGGAGAUUUGACUGAGAGGUGGACAAACUGUCUGUUUCAGUCAACAUUGCACAGGGUGAUGCCAACCGGAUCUGAACGCUUCUCCAUCGCUUUCUUUUUAGAUCCAAACCCAGAUUGUUUGGUGGAGUGUUUGGAGAGUUGCUGCACCGAGUCAUCGCCUUGUAGAUUUCCUCCAAUUCGUGCUGGAGACUACUUGGAGGAGAGAUUAAGGGCUACAUUUUCUGACCCAAACAUCAAGAUAUAGUUUGAAAUUGAUAAGUUAUAUCUACAAAUGAAAACAAUUCGAGAAUUUGCAGUCACAAUAUGACAUUUGAAAUCGGUGAAAAAAGUCGUUAUGCAAAAUGUAUAAUGUAUGGAAGUCUUGAGAAUAUAACUACGCUCUGUAUCUAUAUUAGUUGGAUUAAAAUUAUAACUCUCUC